AUGUCCCUGGUAUCGGGUCCUGGUAGAGCCGUUGGCGGCUCCCCCGACCAGCAGUUGUGCAUCCAAAAACAUGUGGAUUACAUUAAGAAUUUGGACAGCAGGAGGGAUGAGCUUGAAUAUUGGCUCACCGAGCAUCUUCGGCUGAACGGGGUUUACUGGGGCUUGACGGCCCUGCACCUUCUCGGCUGUCCCGAGGGCCUCCCCCGGGAAGACACCGUCGAUUUUGUGCUCUCAUGUCGCCGUGAUAACGGUGGCUUCGGAGCUGCACCGGGCCAUGAUGCGCACAUGCUCUACACCGUCUCGGCUGUGCAGAUUCUAGUACUAAUGGAUGCGUUGGAUGAAUUGGAAACACGUGGGCUGGGAGGCAGAAGGAAAGUUGGUUCUUUCAUUGCAGAACUUCAGGACAAGGACACCGGCGCAUUCAUGGGCGACGAGUGGGGUGAACAAGACACCCGCUUCCUAUAUGGUGCAUUCAACGCCCUGUCGCUCAUGGGCCUCCUUGAUAUGGUUGAUGUCUCGAAAUCCGUCGCUUAUGUCCAAAAGUGUGAAAAUUUGGAUGGGGGCUACGGCAUUCGUCCGGGAGCUGAAUCUCAUGCGGGACAGAUCUUCACCUGUGUAGGGACUUUGGCGAUCGCCGGAAGACUUGAUUUGGUGAACAAGGACCGCUUGGGUGGCUGGCUAAGCGAGCGCCAGGUAGAUAAGGGCGGCCUAAAUGGGCGUCCCGAAAAAUUAGAAGAUGCGUGUUAUAGCUGGUGGGUUGGGGCAAGUUUGGUCAUGAUCGACAGGCUUCAUUGGCUUGACGGUGGAAAGCUUGCUUCUUUCAUUUUGCGCUGUCAGGACCCCGAAGCCGGUGGGCUUUCAGAUCGGCCAGACCACAUGGUUGAUGUCUUCCACACUCACUUUGCCAUUGCUGGCCUGAGUCUCCUGAAGUACGACGGUGUCGAGGAAGUAGACCCGGUCUAG